GAGGAAUGAAUUAAGAAAUGAAAUAAGAAAAGAAAGAGAAUGAAGAAAUGUCUUAAUAAAUAGUUAAAUUAUAAGGAUUAUAUUAAGAAAUGUAGAGAGCAAAUAAAGUUGAAGUUGAUAAUUUAAAGUAAAAACUUGAAGAAUUGGAAGAAGAGAAUGAAGAAUUUAAAACAAAAUUUUAGAUGAGGGGACAAAUUGAUAAAAGAUAGGAUUAUGAAAGUAUGGAAUGAUUUUUAAUAGGAAUUAUCCAUUAAAAUUAAUAGAAAUUGAAUUAAGUCUCUUAGAAUGAGAGAAAGUUAGAAAAAAUGGGUAAGAUUUUAGAAGAAAAUGCUAUUUUAAGUGAAAGACUAGUAGAGAGUGAAACAUUAAGAAGAAGAUUUAUGGAAAAAAAUAAUCAAUAUGAAAAAGAAAUUAAAAUUGUAAAUUAUCAAUUCUAUAAUUAUUAAGCUUAUUGAAAGUAGAUUAGAAGUAGAAAAACAAAUGGUUGCCUUAAAAAAAAGAGUGAAUGAUUUAUAAGUGCUGAAAUCAACUAAUCAAAAAAUAUAGGAAGAUAAAAUCAAUAAAUUAUAAGAGUAAUGUAAUCAAUAGUAGUUAUAAAUUGAAAAAUUAACUCAAUAAUUAAAAAGAAACUAAAAAUAAAAAAUUCAUAAUCAAUCAAAUUAAAAAGAAGAUGUCUCAGAUUAUGAAGAUAUUGAAUCAAAACCAUAACUCUUUGGAGCUUGA